AUGGACGAUAAAGAUGUUCUGGUCCAGACUGGUGCAGCCCGGUUUGAGAUCAGCAUCACACUGCAGCUCAGAACAACUUUCCUCGGCAUACCAUUAGAUAUUUUAACGGUUUUAGGUCAAAUGGUUUGCAACGCUGCUAUGCAGACUUACGACUGCAAAGGACAGGAAGUCUUCUCCAACGGCAGCGCUGGCCAUAUGAACGGCAAAGACACGGGCAGGAUGCGAGAAGUGGCCUUUGAGAAGAACCCCUCUGAGCCACUGGGUGUAACUCUUAAGCUGAAUGAAAGACAGAGGUGUACAGUAGCGAGAAUAUUGCAUGGAGGGAUGAUACACAGACAAGGUUCUUUACAUGAAGGUGAUGAAAUCGCAGAGAUUAAUGGGAAAAGUGUUACUAAUCAAAGUGUAGACCAGCUACAGAAGAUUCUGAAAGACACAAAUGGUGUCGUCACAUUGAAAAUCAUCUCCAAUCAGCAAAGUCGCCCCAUGGCAUGUGAGACGUAUAUGAGAGCACAAUUCGACUAUGACCCUGCCAAAGAUGAACUUAUCCCAUGCAAAGAAGCUGGCCUGAAAUUCCAAACGGGUGACAUUAUUCAAAUUAUCAAUAAGAAGGAUCCAAACUGGUGGCAAGGGAAGGUGGACAACUCCUCCACAGACUUCGCAGGACUCCUCCCUUCCCCAGAACUUCAGGAAUGGCGAGUAGCAAGCAAAAGCAAAGCAACACGGGAAGCCAGUCAGUCCUGCAGUCCUUUUGGCAAGAAGAAGAAAUGCAAAGACAAAUACCUUGCCAAACACAGCUCAAUCUUUGACCAGCUUGAUGUAAUAUCCUAUGAGGAGGUAGUGAGACUGCCUGCAUUCAACAGAAAAACUCUGGUUCUCAUUGGUGCACCUGGAGUUGGAAGGAGCCAUAUUAAAAAUUCACUGCUGAGUAAAUAUCCUGAGAAGUUUGCUUACCCAGCACCACACACCACUAGACCCCAGAAGAAGGACGAGGAGAAUGGCAAAGAAUAUUACUUUAUUUCCAAUGACGAAAUGACCAAAUGUAUCAUCGGAAAUAAGUUACUUGAAUACGGCAGUUACCAGGGACACAUGUUCGGGACUAAGAUCGAAACUGUCCACGAGAUUCACGAGCAAGGGAAAAUCGCUGUGCUGGAUGUGGAACCGCAGACGCUGAAAGUGCUCCGAACGGCAGAGCUCGCUCCUCUCGUGAUGUUCGUUGCUCCUACAAACACUGCCAAUCAGUCAGAGGCGGUGCAAAACAUCCAGAAAGAAUCCGACAGCAUCCUCGGUGCAUACCGCCACUUCUUCGACGAAAUGCUCGUCAACAACGAUGUAGAUGAGAGUGUUAAGGGUGUGGAGGAGGCCAUCGAGAGAGCCUCCUCAACCCCGCAGUGGGUACCGAUCUCCUGGGUGUACUAAACCCCAAUCCCGUUCUCCAGUCGCCCCUCCAAAAAAAUCCCACUCACACAGUGCCCUGCCUAAUACAGUCGUUAUCAAGACAGUUUGCACAUGAAUAAGUGUUUUAUAGAAUGUUUGGCAAAAAAGCAAUAAGUUUGUUCUUUUUGUUUAAUAUGUGAAUGAUUUUCAAAUGACAGAGCGCUAUAGCAUUAAGCGAUGACAUUGUUAGCGAUGCAAAAAGGACCUCUAACUGUGAUUCAAAAUACCACUCAGUUCAUUAAGUUCUGUUGGUUUUCGAUCCUCCCUGAAGUUUCAGUGGGUGUUUGUUUUUUUUUAAAGAUUAUUACAUU